AUGGAGGCAGUAAUAAGGAAAUGGCAGCAAAAGUUCAGAAAAGCGAAAGAGGAGAUGAACAAAUGGGAGGCGCUUCAAGUUGGAUGGGUUUCCCGCUUCAGUAAAGCUUCUUCUAUCAUCCAGAGAUUACAGGAAAUUCAAAAUCCUGGGAGCUAUGGAGCUUUGAGAUGUGUUAAGGGAAUUGAAGACGCGGUCUUGAAGAAACAGAUGGAUCAACUGGAGGCUACUCUGCUUUCUAUGAAAAACGAUUUGGAGGAGUUCCGCGGAUGUGUUUUGACAUUUGAGAAGCUUCAUCGAGAAGGGUCGCAGCUACUCAAAAUGGAACAGAGCAAGAGGAGAAUAGAGGAACGGAUUGGAGUAAAACCUUGCGUUGCAGAUUGUUUAGAGGGACUUUCUCUUCUUUAUGUGAUGCAUCAGUCUGAAUACCAUCUUAAAUGUUCGAUUCUUUCGGCACUUUCAUGUCUUGUACUGAAACCAAGUCCUGGCGAUCUUGUAGCGCUCCAAUACCUCGUGGUUGAUCAGCCAAAUAUCCUGAAUAAUGAAGUGCAACACAUCUUCGAUCUCAUAUUCGCUGAAGAGAUCAAAUAA